UUAUCUACAUAAGAAAGUCUGCAAUCGAGUGUAUCGGGUGUUACAUAUUUCGUCGGUUAACACAAAAUUUAAAUAAAAUCAUAAUUUAAUAAAACUACACCCUAUUUAUAUCUAAUUUAUAAUAACAAAUCAAUUAAACUUCCACUCGCCAAUUAAUUUAAUUUAACAAAAAAAAAAAAUGUCUCUCAUACCAUUCCUUCUCGACUUGGCUGAUGAAAUUAGCGAAUUCCAUCGCGGAGUUGACGAUGACUUCGGAUUCGGUAUCUAUUCGAAUGAUUUUCAUCGCCCUUCAAAGACAGUGUCGCAACUUUGGUUACCUAAGCACCGUCAGCAUCCCUAUGCAAAUAUCCGCAAUAAAAUGCUCAAAAAUCAGGAAGACAAAGAGACCACCAACGAGGACAAGGAAUUUUCACCGGUUGGUAAAAAUGGCUUCCAGGUCAGCAUGAAUGUUAAGCAAUUCAAGCCAAACGAACUGACUGUCAAGACAAUCGAUAAUUGCAUCGUUGUCGAGGGCAAGCACGAGGAAAAAGAGGAUGGUCAUGGUCUGAUUGCUCGACACUUUGUUCGCAAGUAUACUUUACCAAAGGGCUAUGACCCAAAAGAGGUGGCAUCCACCCUAUCAUCAGAUGGCAUCCUUACCGUCAAAGCACCACCACCACUUAAAUCGGGCGAAGGCAGCGAAAGAAUUGUGCAAAUUCAGCAGACGGGUCCAGCCCAUUUGUCUGUUAAAGAGAAUUGCAAAGAUGCCGUCUCCUCGGAAGCCGUAAAGCCACCGCAAUGCGAGAAUGGUGAUAAAACGACCACAGAAGAGAUUUCAAAUUAAAUUCCAUUUAUUAUACGCAUCGGCGUAUGCGCCAAAAUUCCUAUACUUUUCAAUAAUGAAAAAAGACUAAUUAUUAUAAAGACGAUUUUUUUUUAUUUUAAAAUAAAUGUAAAAGCGAAUGAAGAUGAAUAAUUAAAAAAAAAAGAAAAUAAUAAUAAAGCACUUCCAUUCCAA